AUGGAAGAAAAGACUAGGCCUCGCGAAGAUGUCGAGACUUCGAGGUUAGAUGCUAUAAAUGUGGCUCAAGAUGGCUUGGCUGCUACGGACAAAUACGGCUCAGCGCUCGUGGAAUUCGAUUCUCAUGCCGAAGCACGCCUCAGAACAAAGAUCGACUUCGCAGUAGUGCCUCUAGCCGCGCUCAUGUUCCUGUUCUGCUCCAUUGAUCGGGCUAACAUAGGCAAUGCCAGGCUAGCUGGGCUGGAGAAGGAUCUGGGUAUGAGGGGCAAUGACUAUAACGCUGUCAACAGUAUCUUAUUCGUGGCCUAUCUUCUCUUUGAGUUUCCACAUAAUUUUCUGUGCAAGCUCAUAGGACCCGGAUGGUAUCUACCUGGACUUACGAUGGGUUUCGGAUUAGCCUCUAUUGGUACCGCGUAUGUCCACAACUUCUCUGAGUUAGCCGGUGUACGGUUUGUGCUGGGCAUGUUUGAGGCUGGCGUCAUGCCUGGGACAGCAUAUUAUGUGUUGUCUCGAUGGUACCGGCGUUCAGAAUUAACUUUCCGGCUUUCGCUAUAUAUUGUAAUGGCACCCUUAGCUGGGGCUUUCGGCGGCCUGUUGGCGUCGGGCAUCCUCAACGUAAAAGGCUUCGGGGGGUUUGCCGAUGGGUCGUGGCGCAUGAUUUUUAUUAUCGAAGGCGUCCUCACAGUCUUUGUCGCUAUACUGUCGUUCCUGUUCCUCACAGACCGACCGGAAACAGCGCGUUGGCUUUCAAAUGAGGAGAAGGAUCUUGCGAUUGCUCGCGUAAAGUCCGAACGCGUGGCCGUCACAUCUGUGUUGGACAGGCCUGAUUGGAGAAAGCUUUGGAAAGGCCUGGCCAACCCUGUCACGAUCGUGACUGGGCUUUGCUUCCUACUGGAAACAGUGACUGUUCAAGGACUAUCUUUUUUUGCACCCACAAUCGUCAGGUCGAUCUACCCCCGGGCAUCAGUUACUUCGCAACAACUGUAUACAGUACCCCCUUAUGUCGUCGGAGCAGUCUGUCUACUCGUGAUGAGUCUCUUCAGCUGGAAGACAGACAGGAGAUGCAUAUAUAUUGUUCUCUGCGCACCCACCGUGAUGAUCGGCUAUAUCAUGUUCCUGUCGACCGUGGACUCGACAGCUCGAUAUGUGGCUUUAUUCCUCAUAGCCAGCACGGUGUUUACACCAGGAGCGUUGACCCACGCACAAGUAAGUGCCAACGUCGUAAGUGAUUCGGCGCGCACUAUGUCGAUUGCCUCGAACAUGUUCUUCGCCAAUAUUGGAAGCCUCAUCUCAACGUGGUCAUUCCUCAGUUGGGACGGCCCGGACUAUCGUAUCGGAAAUGGUCUCAAUCUUGCAACCUCUGGGGCGAUGCUGAUAUUGGCAAGUGGAUUACUUUAUUGGAUGAAAAAGGACAACGAGAGAAGAGCGCGCAAAGACAUCGACGAGGAGCUUUCAGGUUUAGACCAGCAUCAUAUUGAGGAUCUCGACUGGAAGCACCCUGCAUUCAGAUGGAAACCAUGA